AUGCGAGGAAUCCAACAGCACAGAAAGAUCUCAGAGGCCACAAGAACUUGUGGCUCACAAUGUUUUCCCUUUAAUGAUGUGGCAUUCUCAUUCCUUCCCACCUUGCUUAGACUAACACCAGUUACCACCACCCCCCCAAGUUCCCUUCUUUCCAUAUUCACCCACGCAACUCCUCCCUUCUCGAUCAAUUUCCCAUAGCGACCAAGACGACGACGACGACGACCCACAGCGCAGACACACAGCACCUCUAUUCUUUCCUAGAUAUAUAGAUAGAGAGAGACACAAGGACAGAGAGAGUGUCUGAGUUAGAACAGAGAGAGAAUCUUUGUGUUAUAAAGCUCACAAGAAUGUUGGAGUCAAAAGACCCGGCGAUUAAGCUCUUCGGGAAGACGAUUCCAUUGCCACUGAGACAUGAAACUUGGGCCAAUGGACCGUGUGGAUCUCGAGAUUGUUCUGACCAGAAUCUCCUCUCUUCAACCACUUCUUCGUGCCUAGAGAACUCUGGCAUAGAAAGUGCAAGACACGACGGGGAUAAGGUAUCUUUGGGAAGAGAACUCACAGAUGAUAAACCGGAAGAUUGUUCCUCACAUCAGAUCACGGAAGAUUCGAAAGAUCCUACAUCAUCAUCAGGUAUUAGUGAGAACCCUAAAACUCCCUCGGUUGACAGAGAAACUUCAUCACUGAAUGCCUCUAAGAAGGGAGAGCAGAGUGAGACAAGUAUCUCACAAGAAAAAACUCUGAAGAAGCCUGAUCAAAUACUUCCAUGUCCCCGGUGUAAUAGCAUGGACACCAAGUUCUGUUACUACAACAAUUACAAUGUCAACCAGCCUCGCCAUUUCUGUAAGAACUGUCAAAGAUACUGGACUGCUGGUGGAACUAUGAGGAAUGUGCCUGUAGGUGCUGGCCGUCGUAAGAACAAGAACUCUUCUAGUUCACACUAUCGUCACAUCAUAGUCUCAGAAGCUCUUCAAAGAGAUGGAAUACACUAUUCAAAAAAUGGCACUGUCCUCACCUUCGGUUCGGAUUCUCCUCUUUGUGAAUCAAUGGCUUCUGUAUUGAAUCUCGCAGGGAAAACCCCAUACCAAGUUCAAAAUGGGUUUCAUACACCUGGGCAAAGAACUCUUGUUUCUGGAGGAGAUAACGGGGAUGAUCACUCAAGUGGAUCCUCUAUCACUGCUUCAAAUUCAACUGAGAAGGAAGGCAUUGCCUUGCAAGAGUCAGCAGUUCAGAAUCAUCCAGGGGUUCCACCCCAACUACCAUGCUUUCCAGGGAACCCCUGGCCUUUACAAUGGAACUCAGCUCACUGGGGCUCUGUAAUGCCUCCACCUUCUUUGUGCCCAUCAGGAUUUCCUGUAUCUUUCUACCCUGCUCCUGCAUAUUGGGGCUGUACAGUACCAGGCUCUUGGAAUGUACAGUGCCUUUCCCCACCAUCCUCUUUUCUUAGCCACAGUGGCCCAAGCUCUGCUAUGAACUCCCCAAUCUUAGGCAAACAUUCAAGGGAUGGGAACAUUCUUAAUCCAGCCAAUUUACAGAAAGAAGAGUCAGUUAAAGAUCAAAGUUCAGAAAGAUGCUGGAUUCCUAAAACUUGCAGGAUUAAUGUUUCUGAUGAAGCUGCAAAGAGCACUAUAUCCCCAACACUAGGGACCAAGAAUGAGAAGACUAAUUCUGUCAACGGUGGAGGUCUUUUUAAGGCAUUCCAAUCAAAGAGCAACGACAAAAGUCAUGUGAUCGAGACAUCUCGGGUGUUGCAAUCCAACCCUGCGGCCCUAUCCCGGUCACUAAACUUCCAUGAGAGCACAUAGUCAGAGGCAAACUGACUUGCAUUGUUAGCUCUGCUUGUGGUGUCCAUGCGAUGAAUGGGGUUUGCCUCUCUUCAACCCCUCCUUGCUUCCAAAUUUGUGCUAACAGCUUCUCCCCACGGUAAUUGUACCAAUAACCAGUCUCAACACAGGAAGUUGUUAGCAAACUAUUCCAAAUUAGAGAAGACGAAUGACAUUGGAGUAUAGCAGAUGUAUCUCUUACUAGCUCCAUAUAUAUAGCUGCCCUUUUCUUUCUUUUUAACAUGUAUGUAGCUGCUCUAUUAUCUCAUCUCUAACACUACUACGAGUAGGUGUUUUUUCUGUUUUUGCCUUGACCAUAGAUGGUUUAAUUUGUUAGUUCACGUACA